CGUGCUACCACCACACGUUAAAAAUAGUAAUCCACUUUUUUUGUGUCCAGAAUUUACGCUCUUUCGUUCUUUUUUUACGCUCCUUUCUCCUUCCUUGCAACCUUCUUCCCUUCCUUUCAAACUAUAAACACGCAUAAUGAAGUUGUUGCCAAGUAACCCAAAUAGCACGGGUUACAAGGUGACUGCUGCCGUUCUCCUCUUCCUUUCCGCUACCUCAUCCCCCGCAUUCGCUGCAGCAAAGGCUAAAGAUGAUCCUUGUGCUGCCAUUGCUAAAAAAACCACUGCCAGUUUUAGCGAAGCAAAAGCAUGUCUUGAACAUUUUUCAUUUGACCAAGACACUGCUGACCAAACCCUCGAAACCAUUCGAAGCGUCACCAAUGAACUUUACGUAUUCAAUGAAAUCGCUGCCUCACCACCUGACAUUGAAGGACUGGCUAUUGUGCCUGUAAAUAUAUCCCAUGGUCUUGACGUGAUCCAGAAUCAGAAAUGGGGAUCUGAUCGAGCGUUCCAAGAUGCUGUUGCAUUACUGCUCGACAAAGUUCAAGAUGCUCACUUGGUUUACGCUCCAUUCUGCUACCGUCAGUUCAUUUUUUGGCAACCUAUCCAGCUCAACUCGCUCAUUCGCAACCGUCGUCUCGUCGUAAAUGUCGCAUAUGUCAAAGACGAUAUCUGGCCUGAAGCUAAAAAAUCGUGGGUCGGCUGUGAAGUGACACAUAUUGAUGAUCGUGAAGCUAUCGACAUGGUCGUCGACUAUGCCGUCAACAACAACGGUGAAAGCAAAGACGUCAACACAUGCUACAACAACAUCAUGAACACCAAAAGCUAUUUCCAUGGCUGGGACGAUGGUGCUGACGAUCUGGGCUACCAUCGUUUCUUGCCUGCUCAAGAAAUUCACGCAUACAAGCUCCGAUGCCUUAAGAAGGGCACCAAGCCGACUGACGAGGACUACGACGAGCCCUUCACUGUCAAGGUGCCCUGGGUAGCCGAGGUACCGCAAGGUUUCAGCGACGCAGACUCGUACUGGCAAAGCUACUGCCAAUCUUCCUAUGCUUCAUCAUCACCCUUUGGCAAGCGUAACGCUGCCUGGACCGAAGGCACAUCGGACGAGCUGAAGCGCAUCCACGAAGGUCAAGCAUUUGAUCUUGCCCCUACGGGCAACAGCAACGACGCCGGCACGAGUGCCGAUGGACGCUACAUGAAGUUUAUAGAGUUGGACGAAAAGGUCGGUGUGAUCGACAUCCAGAGUUUCUCAGUUGACAUGCAGGACCGCGCCGAAUUUGCCGCCAACUUCACAGCAGGUCUUGAAAAGUUCGAAAAGAACGGCAUUGAAAAGAUCAUCCUCGACCUUUCGCAAAACGGUGGUGGCGACGCCUGUGCUGGUGAAUACAUUAUCAACUCGUUCUUCAACUCGACGCCCGACUACAUGUCCGAUGUCAAAUACUCGCCGUUUCUGGAGCGUGUCAUUGAAAAAGCCUACGAUGAACAGUCGACCAAGUGGUACGAUUAUCGCUCGGAAAGCCAUCCCAGUCAGGCCAGCCCCGACUGGUACACUGAAACCGUCACUUACAAGCGUGGUGGCCAGGAUGUCAAGUUCUCGCAACCCAUCACGUUGAGCUGUGACAGUUGGGAUGCUGGUGUGCAGAAGCAGUACCAAAACACUAGAUGGAAGGGUUCCGAUUUGCUCAUCCUGUCAGAUGGUCGAUGUGGCUCGACGUGCGCUAUCGUUGCUUCGCGCUUGCGCCUUUCCCACAAGGUGCCUGCCUUGGGCUUUGGCGGCAUCCGCGGUAACCGCAUGCAAUACGCCUCGUUCCCUGGUGGUGAGAGCGAGCGUCUUUCCGGCUUCUUGAUGGACUUGCAGAGCCUUGGUUUGGAAAACGAUCCUGAUGCACCUUCUCCGUUCCCUGAACGUGCUGAUAUGGGCUGGACUUUCCGAGAAGUGUAUCGUCCCAUCGAAAACAAAAAGAGCAUGGGAGAUGAGCGCCAUUUGCUCGAGUACAGCGCCAACUUUGCUGACUGUAGACUUUACUUUGAUGACGACAACGCAGACGAUGUCCAGGUCCUGUGGAAACAAGUCGCAAAGAUCGUUCUUGACGGCGAAUGUCCUCUUUUGGCCGACAGCCAAUAAAAUGGAGACAAUAGUAGCAGCUUCUUUUAGAUAUCAUUUCUAUUUGUGUAUUAAUGUUCCCUCUUCUCUUGUCGUUCUCCGUCAUUCUCCUCCUUCCUCCCUUCCCAAGCAAAUCAAACCAUUUCUUGUACUUCUUUUGUCGUUUCUUACUUCCUUUAUCCCUUAUCAUACCCACACAAGCACCCUGCCAGAUUCAGAAAUACUUUAAAAAGAAUAAUUCGCGAUGAAUCAGAAGAGAGA